AUGCCUGUCCCGUUCCUUGGGCGCCUCGCCAUAACCGAAUAUGUUGCCGUCAUAGGGUCCUUCAUCUUUGUCGGCCUCGAGGUCAUCAUCCGAGUCCUCACUUUCGCAUUGCCGUCACCUCUUAUUUCCCUUUGCUACAGGGCUUCUCGACGCUUGUUUAACAAAUGGGGACCAGAAAGUCAUAAAAAGGAGUCGGAGAGGAAAAAUGAGGUGUCGAAAUCCAUAAGAAACGCGACCGACUUUGUCGAACUAUGCGAGCUAUUCGGUUAUACAGCUGAGGAACAUGUAGUGCAGACUGAUGAUGGGUACUUACUGGGCGUUCACCGGCUCGCAUGGAAACGAGGCGAGGAAGACGUCAAGGUCAAUUCCGGUCCCACCGGCGUUCAGAAGCGUGUCGUCUACAUGCAUCAUGGUCUCUUGAUGAAUAGUGAGGUCUGGGUCUGCCUCACGGACGCUCAAAAGAUCUUGCCCUUUGUCCUGGUGGAGAGAGGUUUUGAUGUCUGGCUUGGAAACAACCGGGGCAACAAGUACUCCAAGAAGUCUGUCCGUUCGACUCCGACAUCUCUUGAGUUCUGGGACUUCUCCAUCGACGAAUUCGCCUUUCAUGAUAUUCCAAACAGCAUACAGUAUAUCCUGAGCAGCACCGGACAACCGUCACUGUCUUACAUUGGUUUCUCUCAAGGGACAGCUCAGGCCUUUGCGGCUUUGUCCAUCCACCCAAAGCUGAAUCAGCAGGUCAACGUUUUCAUUGCGCUGGCGCCAGCCAUGUCGCCUCCGGGACUGGCCAACGGAAUCGCUGAUGCUCUGAUCAAGGCGUCACCUCAGGUCCUGUUCCUCAUGUUUGGUCGCCGGUCCAUCCUCAGCUCCGCUCCACUGUGGGAAUCACUCGUUUACCCUCCAUUGUACAUCAAGAUCCUCGAUAUGGGCAUGAAGUUCUUAUUCAACUGGAAAGGCAACAACAUCGCCCAAGUUCAAAAGCUCGCCGCAUACCCCCACCUCUACUCAUUUACUUCCACCAAAUCCGUUGUCCACUGGUUUCAAAUCAUCCGCACCAAGUCUUUCCAGAUGUUCGAUGACGACCCACCCUUGACCAUCGGUACGAAUUCUCGUUUUACAAAGGUGGCAAAAUAUCCCACUCGCAACAUCAAGACGCCUAUCGUGCUGGUGUACGGCGGCAGUGAUUCGCUGGUUGAUAUCAAGGCGAUGCUCCGGGAGCUGCCACCAACCACAGUCGCCACCGAGAUCCCUCACUAUGAGCAUCUCGACUUCCUUUGGGCAAAGGACGUUGCCGCUCAAGUCUUCCCCCACGUAUUCGAUGCUCUCGACAGCUUCACAGAUGCGGAGCAUACCAAGGACGAGUUCGAAAGUUACCGCCGCGCAAGGCACCAGAGUCUGAGCAGAAGCAACACGUUCUGGAGGAAUGCGCGCUCCCAAAACGGCAGCGAUGUUAACGCAAGCGAUGUCGACAGCGCGAUUGGCAGUGCCGUGAAGCUGCCGCAUCAGGCUCGGGAGGGAGUCAUUCGGAAUUUUCAAUACAGCGAUGACGACUCGUACGUGACUGAGACGAGUGAGCCGGGUGCGAGGAGCCCGAACCUUCUCCACCCGAACAAGAGCUCCCUCUCUGUGGGCCUGGACAUUGCUCAAGACAGGCGGGGAAGUAGUGGCAGUCUAUCAUCCACAUCCAAGACCAGUGGUACUACCAAAAGGUCGCUCCACACAGGGAAGGGAAUCAGUUUUGGGAAGGUGGCAAGUGCAGAUGUGAGCACUACCGAUGUGACGGGGAUCGCAACUGCUAGUCCCCAACAGGCAAGCACAGAUGAUGGGGCGAGAAAUCGCUUGCGGAUGGUAUCGGGGCAGCGGUAG